AUGCGUUCUUCCGCCAUGCGGCGCAUACCUUUGGUAUCUUUGGCGCCCAUUGUUCUUUUGCUCUUCAAGCUUAUGUGCAAGUGGCGGCAGCGUGCGAAAAGGGGAUUGCAGAAGUGGAUUGUGACAGAGUACCGCUGGCCACGAGUGGAGGAUCACGUUUGUUUGGACAUAGACCUACCAGCAGCUGAGUGCAGUGAUCUGGCAGAUCCGGCACAUGCUGCUUUGGCAGGGAAUUUGGAAUUCAUGCAAACGUUUGGAGCCAAGAUCGCCGAGGGUGUUGAUGGAUACCUUGCAUCGACGUGGGUUCAUCGGAACCUUGGGUUGGCUCAUCACCAAAUCACCCUGGUUGCAUGGGGAAGUCCGCACAUGGAACUGUCAGAUGGAACCUAUAGCAAGCAAAAAGCUGGAGCAGCUGCCUGCGAGAAAGCUUGUGUGUUCCAAAGCUUAUGCAAGCAAUUUCGACACAGCUUCGUGUUGAUUUUAUUUGCUGGGCAUGGCGUCCAUCCUGUUCAAGCAGGAAGCGGCGAAGCAGUCUUGGCUCUUCCUGCUCUACUGGAGUUUGUUUGGCGCAAGUACAAGCUUUGCUGCGAGUACCUCUCACAUGGACUGGUUCG